AUGAUAGGCCUCAGCUGGAACUGUAGGGGGCUUGGGAACCCCCGUACAGUUCGAGAAUUAAACCUCUUAAUGAGGUCAAAGUACCCCGACUUCAUAUUUUUAAUGGAAACCAAAUGUGGUAGGAAAAUGAUUGAGGAAGUGAGGAACAAUCUUCAAUUUGACUGUAGUUUUGUGGUGGGAAGUAGAGGCCUCAGUGGGGGCUUAGCUUUUCUAUGGAAAAGCAAUGUGGACUUCUCUUUAGAGAACUAUUCUCAUAAUCAUAUCUCAAUGGUUCUCACCCAAGAGGAGAUUCCCCAAAAGAUUUUGGUUACUGGUUUUUAUGGUUUUCCCGAAACAUCAAGGAGAGGGGAAAGCUGGAACCUAUUGAGGAUGAUCAAACCAAGGGAGGACAAACCAUGGCUUUGUUUGGGAGAUUUCAACGAGAUAAUGCAUCAUCAUGAAAAGGUGGGGGCAGCCAGCAGACCUUAUCCCCAAAUGGAAGCAUUCAGAAUGUCUAUGGACUGGUGUGGCCUGAGUGACCUUGGCUAUGAAGGAUCAAAAUACACCUGGUGCAAUAAUAGAGAGGGAGAUCAGUUCACUAAAGAAAGACUGGAUCGUGCUAUGGGUAAUUUGAUGUGGUCUGACCUAUUCUGUGAAUGCAAUAUCAAUGUUCUUACUGCCCAAACUUCUGACCACAGUCCAUUACUGGUUAAUGCUAGAAAGAGAGGUAUGAGGUCUUCAUGUUUUGAGACAAGAAGGAAGAAGAUUUUUAGAUUUGAAGCAAGCUGGAAUGUACAUGAAGCAUGCAACAACAUUAUUAAAUCUACUUGGUCCUCCCAGGAUACAGUUCAGGACCUAAAGAUGAAUUCAAUCAUGAGGAAACUAAACAGAUGCAAGGAGUCUUUAAAGCAUUGGAGCUCAAGCCUUGGGAAAAAAUAG